GUAAUCCUCCAGAUGGCAACAUCACAGGCACAGGCAGCUAUCAUAGGGAAAAGGGAAAUUUUGGAAAUGGAGAUACAAGGAAUAGGUUAUUCUGGUGGUCAUUCCUCAUCAUCGGGAUCACCCAGUCCUCAUUCUAGUGAUUCAGAGGAAGAUGCGAAGAAAGCCAAUGAUAUCCAAAAAAUGGAAGACAUCAUAUUUGCGCUACGUAGUAAAAUUCGAUUAGAUGCUCAACAUUUUCAAGAGGAAAAUGACAAAAUUCGUGAUGAGGCAAGUCGAAAAAUUAAAGAGUUGAAAGAAUCUUUAGAUGAUCGAGAGGAUGAAAUAGCAGAAAUGCAGAUACAACAUAAAAGAGAAAUUCGCGAAAAAAUAAAGCAAAUUGACGAGCUCGAAAGAAAUAUUCUAAAAGCCGAAAAGGGUAUAUCUGUUCUUCAAGAAACCAACAAAGAACUUUUAAAGCAAAAAACUGAACACUCUGGAGAGAGAGAAAAGAUAAUGUCAGAGGUGGCGGAGUUAAAGAGGGAAUUGAAUGAUGUCUACCAAAGUCUGGAACAAAUGAAGAAAGAAAUGAAAGAUAUGGAGAGCUCCACUGAACAAUAUAAAAAUGACCUAAAGGAAUCUAAACGAAAGAAAAGCAUUAGUGAUAGUAAAAUCGAAAUGUUGGGAGCUGAUUUAUUGAAAGCAAAUUCUGAAAUUAACAGACUGAUUCAGGUACAGAGUGUACAUUCUAAAGAAGUACAAAAAGUUAAUAGACAAAAUAAGAAAAUUAUGUCACAAAAUGAUGGUCUUAAAAGCGAUAUAAGCCAGCUUCUGACAGAAAUGAAAGAAAUGCGCAAAGAAGUGAAAGAAGUCAAGGAAUACCAAAUGCCAGGGGAAAUAAAAAAUGACAAAUGAAACAAUAGACACAAAUGUAUGUAAAACCAUUCACUGAAUAUAUACAGGACCUACAAUGUAAAUUCAAAAGAGCUUUAAAAUCAUCUUCUCCAAGAAAAGAAUUUAAUAUAUCAUUUCAAAUGUGUCAUUGAAAACCAUUCAUUCCAUUUUGAAUAUCUUACUAACAUAUGAAGAACGGAUGUAUAAGGUACAGUCAAAUGUAUAAGUUGUUCCAGAGAAGAUUAUGUAAUAUCGGAAUUAUUGCUAGGACCCCAUAUGGAAUGCAGAAUCUCGAUAGAAAUCGCAUGGUUUGUCCGUGUAGCUGUUUUCUUGUCAGCACCAUCGUUGUUCUAGCAUAACUGAAACAGCUCUCCACGAAACGUUUCAAUUUUUUUUUCUGUAAAAGCAAGACAACUACAGAUGUAUGGAUCAUAUCUCUUAAUUCUCUUUGUCUGCCUGUAAAUAUGUGUUUGCAUGUAUAUAUACCCGAGACAAUAUUUGUGACGUAAUAUUCAGUGACUCAAUCUGUUAUCAACACAUGUAUUCAAAAUUUUUAAAAUAAAAAAAAAAAUACAUUUAUUAAAGUUGA